AUGGCCAAAGCGAUGGAAGAUUCUGCGAUCGAGCAUUGUUGCGACUACAUAAAGGCCAAGAAUCUGCUCAGAGACAAGAUCGUGGCAAAGGUCCUCGAGAACACUCAGGAGAAGCUCAUGGAAUUGUUGCAAAAUGAACUUGAUCGGAUGAGCAGCGAGGAGGAGGAUGAUCUCGACCUUAACUCCGACAUGGAGGAAGGCGACCGAACCUUGGAGGGUUAAGAUCAGAGGAGGAUUGGAAACCAUAACGCCGCAUAACUUCGGUGUCACGGCACUGGCGGAUGGGUCCCGGCACGGCGGGACGUGCACGUGAUAUCGUGCCGCGUGCACCGGCCAUUUGGGCCCUGGGUUGAAACCCUGGGCGCUAGGCGCGCCUUUGCACGUUUCCCUCUUGUUCUUCUUUAUCUUGUGAUUCUACUAUAUACCUGGAACCAACGUGUUCAGGUUUGUCUCUCGUGACCACGUCGCUCGUAACAUUUGGG